GAAUACCACCAGGCUUUUUCGACGACACCCAAGUGAGUCGUCCUCGCCCAUCAUUAUCUGCCAUUCCACGUGCUCUUCUCGAACGACUUUCGUCAUUCUUCCACCCCUCUCACUCCAAUGCAGAUAGAGACACUGAACUCCGGCAACGUCCAAGGCGCUCCAUCUUCUCUCACGGUCCUCGUAUCGUCGAAGUUGCUACAGUACCGGACAGAAAGGCAUUAUAUGUUGCUCCACGACCGCGUCCGCAGCAGCAAAUGCAGGUGCAUGGCCAGGGCUCCUCGUCGCAAUCUCAGCCAACAACUACCGCCACCUCCACCACACCUACUCAAGGUAGCAACACUGCCGCACCAAUUGCAGCAACCGCACAAUCACCACCUAUCCCAUUGUGGGCUCGGUUUGUUCUAUUUCUCUGCCGCGCAUCUCCCCCGCACGCCAAUGGUCAUUAAUACAAGAAAAGCAUAUGUACAAUCUUUUUUUUUCAUAUCUGCCCCUAAUCCAUCGAACCUGUUUCCUUGUCGCGAGACUCGUGCAACGCAGCGAACUCGAUCAUACUAACCGUCGCGAGAGCAUCGCUAUACUCACAGAGAAUACAAGCCUAGGAUCAGCCCAGGUUCC